AUGUACUUAUUUUUUGCAACCAAACGUCACUCUUUCAGCAUAACCAAUACAAUGCACGGAACAGACUACCAGAGUAAGAUAGAGUUCACUCUUCACAAGCGGGACCAUUCAUUAGGCUUGCUUUGGCUAAUAUGUGAAAUCUUUUGCGUUGGUUGUUUAGCGUUGGCUGUAUUCUUAUUACUCAUGUCAUGUACACCACUCGAACCAAAUGGUCCAAACACUAUCGAGAUCAAAAUUGAAGCGGACUCAGAUUUUGCCAAAAACACGUUAGAGUUGAUUCAGCAGUCACUCAAGUUUGCCACUUACUUGUCCAACGAUUUAAGCUCAUUUGCGAAUCGAUCUGCAAGUGAUUCAAUUUUACAACAAUUGGACACCUUGUACAAUGGAAACACCUAUCAUUUGAAUACUUUUGGAUAUUGUCGUCAAGACCAAGUGGGAAAGAAAGUGGGAUGUUACUACAGUGAUGGAUUAAACUUGAUUGUUUGUUUAUUACAAGAUGUGGGGUUUCAAUUACGCAGCAUAACAUCAAGUGAUAAUGAGAUUGAAAACCAAUUUGUCAGCUUGUACUACAAUGCCAUCAACCAAGCGUGUUCAUACCGGGCAACAACAACAUUUCCCUGUGUGUUGCAGUUAUACAACGCUUAUGGAAAACUAGUCAAGUGGCUUGCCAUUGCUGGGAUAUGCUUACCUACGUUGUUGUUCGUGAUUAGUGUACUUGAUUUGAUCUUGUAUUCAUUCUUGGGAAUCCUGUCGAGUUUACUAUAUCGUAUACGUUUGGGUACGUUGUCAACCUGUGGUGUUUGCUUAAAUAUAAUCUAUGUAAUGACAUAUGUCACAUGGAGCCAUAUUGGCUUGUUGGUGAAGCAAUAUGAAAUAGGUACUGUUGUGUUUCAAAAAGAUAAUUGGGUUAGUUUGAAUAUUAUUCUUGCUGCUUGUUUUAUAGCACUUGCUUGCCAACACGGCUAUAGAAAACGAUAG